CGAAUUUUGACUUCCACCCAGUAUAAAUAGCCGAGCUUUCGACCUUUUCGAUAGACAACUGUUUAAGCUCCUCUCGAGUUCACAUCUCCUCACGACACAACCAACCUCCUCUUAUUCAACAUGCAGAGAUUCGUCGUAUUCACCGCCCUCCUGGCCGUGGCCGCCGCUGCCCCCGGCGUGCUCCUGGCCCACGCUCCCGUGGUCCACACCGUGCACGCCGCCCCCGUGGUCCACGCCGCGCCGGUGGUCCACGCCGUGCCCGUCGUCGGCACCAAGACCACCAUCUCUAAGAGCAGCCAGGUGGUGAACCACGGCAGCCCGGUGGUCCACGCCGUGCACGCCGCUCCUGUGGUCCACGCCGUGCAUGCCGCUCCCGUGGUCCAUGCUGUGCACGCCGCUCCUGUGGUCCACGCCGUGCACACCGCCCCUGUGGUCGUGAAGACCGCCCCCGUGGCCGUCACUCACUCCAGCUCCGUUGUCCACCACGGGUCCGUCCUGAAGACCGUCCCUCUGGUCGCUGUCCACCACUAAACACUUGUAAAUACAUACGUAGAGAGUUCUUCAAUGAAGGAUUGUAAAUAAGUUUAUGUAAAUUAAAAAUAUACUUUAUUUUUCUUUUGAAACUA